AUGGAUGUGUUGGCUAAAGAGCUCGGCCGCAAGCCUACCGCAACGGAGCUGUAUACUCGGAUACACUCCACGAAAGCUGAUAAGGGUGUCAUGGUAGACAAGAGGGCCCAAGACAUGAGUGAUGCAAUUGCUCAGAGACUUGCUGCUGCAUCGCAGCCGCCGACCGGAGAUGGUGGUUCGUCUAGCACAGCGGAAGUCGACGAGAUGCAGCUAUUUCUGGAUAUCGAGGGCGUCAACAAGAAGCGGCGUGUCUACGGGUUGGGUUCAGCGACUAGUGCGUACGUGGAUACGACGACGUCUAGUAGGGCGAGGACCAGGUCCACACAGUCACAGCGAACUAAGGAGGAGAUCGAGCGGCGUGUGCAGGCAGGGAUCCAGGAUGGACUGCGCCAGAUUACCACUGAGGUGGAGGAUCUCCGUGCCCAGCAGGCGAGAACCAAUGAGAGGAUGGCCGAGAUUAUUCAGGCCGAGAUGGCGAAGAUGAUGCAGACUCUUCCUCCGCAGUAUCGCCCACCCCCAGGUCCUUCAGACGAUGACGACACUCCGACUUUGUAGUGUCAUGUUUGUAUUUUUGACAUUUUGUAUU